AUGUCUCUUAUACGCCUCUUGCAACGCAAACCCAAUGGCGAGAUCGUCUUUCGCGAACCUACCAUCGGCAAUGUCCCUGCUUACGCAAUACUUUCUCAUACUUGGGGAGAAGAGGAGGUUGUUUAUCAAGACUUGAAGAAAAGCAAGAACAAAAGCAAGACUGUGAAUAAGGCUGGGUGGAGGAAGAUACAGUUUUGUGCGAAGCAAGCUGCAGUAGACGGACUGGAAUACUUCUGGGUCGAUACCUGCUGUAUCGAUAAGAAGAAUGCGGUCGAGCUCGGCACGGCGAUCAACUCUAUGUUUCGGUGGUAUCAGAAUGCAGCACGCUGCUAUGUCUAUCUUUCAGAUGUCUCCAAGCCCGACACUGGGGUGGAUGACCAGAGGGCAUGGGAGGAAGUUUUUAGGAAGAGUCGUUGGUUUACUCGAGGCUGGACGCUGCAGGAGCUCAUUGCACCAAGGCUCGUUGACUUCUUUAGCUCGGAGGGUGAACGACUUGGGAGCAAGUUGUCGCUUGAAUCUGAGAUAUACGGAAUAACUGGGAUCGCAAACAAAGCUCUUCAAGGUUAUGCAUUGUCAAAUUUUAGCAUCAAAGAGCGAAGAUCCUGGGCAGAGCAUCGUUAUACUACUAUGGAAGAAGAUGAAGCCUACUGCUUAAUCGGGAUUUUCGAUAUAUCUAUGGUACCAAAUUACGGCGAGAGAAGGGAUCAGGCAUUCAGGCGGUUAGAGGAUGAGAUUCAUAGGAUGCACAAGGGGGUCUAUUUUGAGCAAUAUGCUGUCGGGCUCAACCUCGCAUCAUUUCCUGAAGCUACACAGUUUGUCGCUAGAGAGACGGAGUUGUCGGAAAUGCACAAGCUGCUCCAAGAUCAUAGUAGUCGAUCUUGUAUUGUCCUGCAUGGUCUUGGGGGUAUGGGAAAGACUCAGCUAGCGAUCACAUAUGCCAGACGACACAAGGAAAAGUAUACAGCAAUCUUUUGGCUAAAUGCGAAUGACGAAGACUCACUCAAGCUGAGCUUCCGGGACAUUGCUCAGCAGGUGCUGAGACGAUAUCCUUCCACUACUGUACUAUCUAGCGUAGACCAAGAUAAAGAUCUCGAUCAACUUGUCAGUGUGGUUAAAGACUGGCUUGACUCCCCGCAGAACACAAGAUGGCUAAUGAUCUAUGAUAACUUGGAUAAUCCUAAGACUUCUAACAAUCCCGACAACUCGGCAGUCGAUAUACGUCAGUUCCUUCCCCGGUCUGAUCAUGGCUCGAUCAUUAUCACGACACGGUCAUCGCAAGUCAGGCAGGGUAUACGAAUUCAUGUUCAGAAACUGCUAGAUAUCAGAGAAGGUCUUGAGAUCGUGUCUAACAUGUCAGGACGUAAGGGCAUUGAAAAGGAUUCUGAUGCUAUAGCACUUGUCAAGGAACUCGAUGGCCUGCCACUUGCUCUAUCUACAGCAGGGAUAUAUCUCGAGCACGUAACGACAAGCUUCUCGGAGUAUCUUCAGCUUUACAAGACAUCAUGGCUAAAGCUUCAGACAACAAGUCCCCUAUUGGAUUCCUAUGUAGAUCGUACCCUAUAUACGACAUGGCAGAUCACUUUCGAUCGGAUCCGACGGCAGAAUCCAGCAUCAGCACAACUACUCAAGCUAUGGGCAUAUUUUCAUCGAGAGGAUCUGUGGUUUGACCUCCUUCGGCAUGGAAACUCUAUAGACAAUGAGUGGAUACAGAAACUUACGAAAGAUGAACUGAACUUUAAUGAGGCUAUCACUCUAUUGUGUACCUUCGGACUGGUCGAUUUAGACAAAUCUCCUCAGCAGCAGACCGGGGCUAGAGGGUAUAGUGUGCAUAGUUGUGUUCACUCAUGGAUAGUGUUUGUGCUUAACAAGGAGUGGGACAAGAGCUUCGCAUGUAUGGCUUUAAUCUGUGUGGCCUCGAAGGUUCCUGAUACAAAUGAAAAGUAUUGGUGGCUUUCACAGCGGCGGCUCCUUCAACACGCAAUACGACAGGACUCUUAUAUAGAAGCCGUCAAGGAAGAUAUAGAAGGACUAUAUUGGGAGUUUCACAAGCUAGGCGACCUUUGCAGAAAUCAAGGCAAGCUAGUAGAAGCAAAGAAGAUGUAUCUUCGAGCGCUGAAAGAUAGUGAGAAGGUACUUGGACCAGACCAUACAUCAACACUUGGUAUAGUCAACAACCUAGGUCUUCUCUAUUCUAAUCAAGGCAAGCUAGCAAAAGCAGAGAAGAUGUAUCUUCGAGCGUUAGAAGGCUAUGAGAAAACACUUGGAUCAGAUCAUAUAUCAACACUUGGUACAGUUGAUAAUCUAGGCUUUCUUUAUAAAAAUCAAGGCAAGCUAGCAGAGGCAGAGAUAAUGAAUCUUCGAGCAUUGAAAGGUUUUGAAAAAGCACUUGGACCAAAUCAUACAUCAACACUUUUAGCAGUCAACAAUUUAGGUCUUCUUUAUUCUGAUCAAGAUAAGCUAGUAGAAGCAAAAAAGAUGUAUUUUCGAGUAUUAGAAGGCUAUGAGAAGACCUUUGGAUCAGAUCAUACAUCAACACUCAGUAUAAUCAAUAACUUAGGUCUUCUUUACUCUAAUCAAGGCAAGCUAGCAGAAGCAGAGAAGAUGUAUCUUCGAGCACUGGAAGGCUAUGAGAAAACACUUGGACUAGAUCAUAUAUCAACACUUCUAAUAGUAAACAAUCUAGGCUUUCUCUACUCUAAUCAAGGCAAGCUAGUAGAAGCAGAGAAGAUGUACCUUCGAGCACUAGAAGGCUAUGAGAAAGCACUUGGACCAAACCACACAUCAAUACUCGGUACUGUCAAUAAUCUAGGCUAUCUCUAUAGAAAUCAAGGCAAACUAGCAGAGGCAGAGAAGAUGAAUCUUCGAGCGUUGGAAGGAUACGAGAAAGCACAUGGACCAGAUCAUAUAUCAACACUCGGUACAGUCGACAAUUUAGGUAUUCUCUACUCUAACCAAGGCAAGCUAGUAGAAGCAGAGAAGAUGUACCUUCGAGCACUAGAAGGCUAUGAGAAAGCACUUGGACCAGACUAUACAUCAACACUUGGUAUAGUCAACAAUCUAGGUCUUCUUUUUUCUAAUCAAAGCAAGCUAGUAGAAGCAGAGAAGAUGUAUCUUCGAGCACUGGAAGGUUAUGAGAAAGCACUUGGAUUAGAUCAUAUAUCAAUAUUUGGUGUAGUUGAUAAUUUAGGCUUUCUUUAUAAAAACCAAGGCAAACUAGUAGAGGCAGAGAUGAUGAAUCUUCAAGCAUUGAAAGGACUAGUAGAAGCAGAGAAGAUGUAUCUUCGAGCAUUGGAAGGCUAUGAGGAGACCUUUGGACCAAACUAUAUAUCAACACUUGGUACAGUUGACAAUCUAGGUAUCCUUUAUAAAAUCCAAGGCAAGCUAGCAGAGGCAGAGAUGAUGAAUUUUCGAGCAUUGAAAGGUUUUGAAAAGGCACUUGGACCAGAUCAUAUAUCAAUACUCUUGUCAAUCAGCAAUCUAGGUCUUCUCUAUUUUGAUCAAAACAAGCUAGUAGAGGUAGAGAAGAUGUAUCUUCGAGUAUUAGAAGGCAAAGAGAAAACACUUGGACUAGAUUAUACAUCAACACUCUUAACAAUCAAAAAUCUAGGCAUCCUUUACUUUAAUCAAGGCAAGCUAGUAGAAGCAGAGAAGAUGUAUCUUCGAGCGCUGAAAGGCUACGAGGGCACUCUUGGCCCUGAGCUUGCCUCAUCUUAUCUACCAGCAUUGAAUACUAUGUUCUACCUUGGAGAUCUCUUCUCGCAAACGGGCCGGAAAGACAUCGCAAGAGCAGUGUAUAAUCGAGCAUUGUCUGGAUACACAAAUGUUCAAGGGCCUUCCUCGAAAUGGUGUAGGCAAAUUGAAGAUCGGCUUCAAGCAUUGCAAGUUACAUCUAUUGAGUUGAAUGUAGUUCGAAAUGAGAUUACAGUGCUUGAAGUAGCAAAUUCGAAGUCUUUGAAGCAGAAAAUCCGUAAGCUAGGAAGAUGGCUGAAUAUUAGAUAA